UGUACUUUGACCAUCAUACGGGUUUGAUUCCAAUUUGAGACGGACUCGCAGCUGGUUUGGUUUGGGUCCCAUGACGGGAGCCCCGGGUUAGGACUGAAUGACAGGCCGUUGGCUGGUGACUCACUCUGGUUGCUUUCAAAGCCUUUACUUCCGACAUUUUACUGCUUUCUGGACAGCCUAUGGAGGGGGUUUUCUUAAGUGGCGUAGUGUAAAUUACAGAAAUAUUUUCUGGGAUUUCGAUUAGUGCUCCGCUGGGGGACAACUCACAGAGUAGCGGCAGCCCCCGGAGCCCAGCCUGUAAAAUAAGCAGACGUCAGAGAUUCUUCGCCCCGCUUCACCGCUGCAGUUACAUUUUUAUCGUGGUGUAGUCACAGCCUUUUUUGCGGGAUUUCACGGCUGUGUAUACGACGUUAUGUAGCGUAGCGAAUGGCAUGCUGGUGGCAGCUGUUAGACGUUUAUCGGCUUUUUAGUUUUAAACACUGUGCCUUGGCGGAAAGAAGAGGAUUUCGUUUUAUUUAAGUUCAAGUGACGAUGAACGAGCAGGAGGGUGGGGUGGUCUCAUUUGACGAAUAUGUGCGGCAGAAGGCCCGCACUGUACCUCAGCAUAGAAUGAAGGAGUUUCUGGAGUCCCUUGCUAAGGGCCCAGAGGUGCUGCAGGAGUUCAACCAGCAGGGUGGAGGAGGAGGCGCAGCAGCCACCACCACAACCAUGGUGUACCAACAGCAGGAGGCCAACUGUGUCUACACUGACAGCACGGAGGUGGCUGGAUCUCUCCUGGAGCUGGCCUGCCCAGUCCAGGUGACCUCAACAGAGAUUUCCCCCCAAAUGUCUGUACAUCCGGGCUCAGAACAGCAAUUGCAAGUACAGGUCCAGAUCCAGGAACAGCCGGGCCAAACGAUUGGCCAUGUUCUGCAGGUGGCCUCCCCAUCUCAGCAGGAGCUACAGGGAAUCUCUACAGCCCACCUGGUGCAGCAGGCAGAGCUCACAGAGGAACAGCAACAGCAGAUUCAGGCUCAAUUGAUUGCAGCUGUUGCUGGAGGUCAGCAAAUCCAGCUGUCAAGUGGUGAACAAAUCCAGCUACAAGGAACCCAACAUAUUCAACUGCCUGGGGGACAGCAGAUUCAGCUUCAGGCAGGCCAACAGAUUCAGCUGCAAAGUGGCCAACAGAUCCAAAUCCAGACCAUAGAGGCCAUGUCUCCUUCCCAACAGCAGGAGUCUCCAAGGGAGGGUGAGAGACGAUCGGGCGCCGUGGCGACUGUUCUCCAGCCAGCUAAGAAGCGUAAGGUGGAUGUUCCCCUGGCCGUUUCCUAUGCUGUGCCGCAGGGGCAGCAAAUGGCCACGGUUCUGACCAUCCCUCAGGGGCAGCAGCAAAGCUACGUGUCCCUACGACCAGAUUUGCUCACUGUUGACAGUGCUCAACUGUACAGCACUACAGGAACGAUCACAGGUCCCACAGGCGAGACAUGGACCAUCCCUGUUUACUCCACUCCACAGCAACAGGGUGUAACACACAUCGCUAUACCACAGGAUGCGUACAGCACAGUGCAGGUUACCACAACAACUAAUGGCAAGGACAAAGUGGGCUCCAGUCCUGCGUCGAGGUCUUCAGAUGGUCAAGCAGCCUCCACUGCCACCCAGGAAGAAAUAGUGCAGACACUGCUGCCUGCACAGUUCAUGAAUGGGAAUAUCCAUAUCCCUGUGGCAGUGCAGACUGUAGGAGGGACUUACAACACUACACAGUCAGUACACAUAUGGGACCCCAGUCAGCAGCAAAGUCAAGGCGAAGAGGGCCAAGAGCAGCAGCUCCACCUGCAGGCCCAAGUAGAGACUGAAGCCGACGCCGAACCGCCUGCACAGAUUCUGGUUCCCAUCUCUCUGAAACCAGAGGAGGGUCUGGAGGUGUGGCGCUUUUGGGCACAGAAAAAAAACGCUGAACUUAGCAAGCAGGAACAAACAAAACUUGCACCCAUAGGACGUCGUCAGCCUCUGCGCUUCCAAGAAGACCUGGUGUCCAGCGCUGUUGCAGAGUUAAACUUGGGACUUUCCUUGAUGACUACAGAGGCUCGGGGAUCAGAGGAAGAAGAAUUGGCACCUGAUGUUCUGUAUUAUGUGUUCUUGUGUAUACAGAAGUAUCUGUAUGAAAAUGGACGUGUGGACGAUAUCUUCUCUGAUCCGUACUACACGCGCUUUUGCGAGAGUUUACACAAACUCUUACAGGACUGGAAACCCAGCAUCCAUCCUUUAGGUUAUAUCAUUCCAAGUCAUGUAACCGAGGAGAUGCUGUGGGAGUGUAAACAGCUUGGUGCUCAUUCUCCUGCCACAUUGCUUACAACACUAAUGUAUUUCAACACUAAGUAUUUCCGCCUGAUAACGCCUGAGCACCACAUGAAAGUGGCUUUUUCAAAGGUGUUGAGACACUCGAGAAAGAAUCCCACUAAUGCCAAGGACAAGGCGACCAGCAUUCGCCUUCUGAAAGUACAAAGCCAACACAGCUCCGGACAAAAAGGAACCGACGACAUGUACGAGGAGCAGAUUGAAGAUCCUGAAAACCCUCUUCGCUGUCCCAUUAAACUUUACGACUUUUACCUCUUCAAAUGUCCCCAAAGCGUCAAAGGGCGAAGCGACGCCUACUACAUGACGCCCGAGCCCGUUGUGGCGCCAAACAGCCCAAUGUGGUACUCGUCUCAGCCUCUCUCGAGUAAGCAGGUGGAGCAAAUGUUGGCUCGCAUCAUUGUGGUCAGAGAGAUCCAGGAGAUCAUCGGCACCUCUCCUGAAAGCUUGAGCUAAGAUGGGAGGACUGGUUGGACUUGACUAUGCAGCACCCAUCCAGACUGUACAUUAUCUCUGAAGUCAUCAAAUAAAGCGGGGCAUCUUCUGAAA